CCACCAGAAGCCUGAAGUCUCAGGAUGCGCCUGCCCAGUCCCCAGGCAGCCACGAGCAGCCGAUUGGUGUCACCCUGAGAUGACACCUGUCUGCUCUUGGUGCUCAGGUCACUGGGGAUACCGAUGUUCCUUCACAGUUGUUUGUAUCGUAUGGCUCAGCCCGGCCCCCAAGGUACUUUCCUGGUGGGAGAGGAAGGCGGGGUGCAGCCUCAACUGCACAGAGGCUGCCGUGCCCCCGCGUGUCUGCCCUGCCCUAGAGCACCUGGCAGCGCUCGACGGAUCCAUGAAAGCCAAACGAUGACCAGUUGUGGCCAGCAGUCCUUGAACGUGCUCACCGUCCUCCUCUCCUUGCUGUUUUCCGCAGCCCUGUCAGUGCAUUUCCGCGUCUGUGAGCCGUACACCGACCACAAAGGCCGCUACCACUUCGGCUUCCACUGCCCCCGGCUCUCGGACAACAAGUCCUUCAUCCUCUGCUGUCACCAUAACAACACGGUCUUCAAAUACUGCUGCAACGAGACGGAGUUCCAGGCAGUGAUGCAGGCGAACCUCACGGCCGGCUCCGAGGGCUACAUGCACAACAAUUACACAGCCCUGCUGGGAGUGUGGAUCUACGGCUUUUUUGUGCUGACACUGCUCGUCCUGGAUCUGCUGUAUUACUCCGCAAUGAACUACGACAUCUGCAAGGUCUACCUGGCGCGCUGGGGCAUCCACGGACGGUGGAUGAAGCAGGCCCCCCAGCGGUGGGGGAGCCCUGCCCGGGCCACGCAGCCCCAGCCUCCCCCGGGCCCCCUGCCGCGGGCCCCCCAGGCCAUGCACACGUUGCGGGGAGACAGCCAGAGCCCACCGCUGAUGGCCUUCCAGAGUUCAUCCGCCUGAAAACCCUUUUGCUGUGCCUCAGGAUGGGGGAGGUGAUAGCUGAAGCGCCCGUUGCAGCUUACAAGAAGAACAACUUCCAACAGAGACGCCAGCUAGAGCCGAGACAGUGGUGGUGGUGACGGCAGAGGAGGAAACACCGCCAAAACCCCCUCCCCCGGACUCCUAAGACUGGGAGCAAACUCAGGGGUGGGGACCCCCAGGGUGCAGGGGAGGGGGGCCUGAGCCACCUGUCCAAAAGCAAUAGUCCCGUUUCGGGCUGGUGGCUUCUGGGAGGUGACGUCAUUGUGGACUCACAAUGACGGAACCAAGCUGCUUCCGGCCCAUUCGAGCCAGAAGAACGGAGACUUGUUGGUGGUACCCAGGGUUGAAACACUGAAGCUUCCCCUGCCUCCACUCCCCCUCAAUAGCAGCCCCUUGGGUCUGUCUGUGUCAGAAUAUUGAGUGUGGGUGUGUGUGAGCAUGUGUGUGUGCGUGUGUGUGGUUUGGGGUGUUCUCUUUGUUUGGUUGGUUGGUUUUCUCUGGAGUUACCCCCCACCCCCAUCAAAGUUCUCUGACGGGUGCAGACCACCAGGUGGCUGAGGGCCUGAGCAGCAUCUGGGUGCAAGCUUUUUGCUGCAAGGGGCAGGGGUGAGCCAGCUGGAGCCGGUUGAGCCCAAGUUACGGCCCUGCUGUAUCUCUGAGGGCACCAGGGGUUGAAAAUGCCAGUGCUUAUGGAAUUCAGAAUGAUGAUGGUAACUAAAGGAGGUGUCUCAGGCACCGUGGGCAGGCUCCAUGCCCACCCCCUGUCACCCACAGCUCCCACACCUGGCAGGGGUCAGGAUGGACCCCCUGCAGAAAGAGCUCAGAGCAGUCCGGAGCAGGCCAGGGCCACACAGCCGGGAGGAGACUGACCCGUGGCUUUGAUGCCAACAUCCUGGCUCCAAUCCCCUGGGCAGGGCGUGCUCCCCCCACCCAGGGCGCCCCCAGCCCGACUCGCAUGAGUGUCUCCCUGAUGCCUUCACAGUGGGCAUGUCAUCGCUCGGAGUUGUCCAUCAGCUCCUGGCCAGAACCCUCAUGUCCCCAACACACCCUGCCUAAGCGCCAACUGUAUGCCAGCCCCCAGGCUGGGCAUGGGGGGAUGAGAGGGGAGUCAGGCCCCUUCCUGCCCCGGGGGCACCCUGUCUGGUGGGACGGACAGAUGCACGGAUCAUUGCAGGACAAGGUGACAGGCGCUGUGGACACCCAGCAUGGAAGGUGCCAGCUUUGCCUGGAAAUUCGCACUUUAAGGUGGGAAUUCCAUGCCAACCUGGUUGCCCGUGGCAUCCAUCCAUCCGCAGGGCCCACCACCUCGCCCCAGGCACCCAGGGAAAUGAGGACAUAAACCCCCGAAGGCCACACUGCCAAGUGUAGACAUGCCCAUCCCACCAGUGUUCUGUGAUUCUAAACUCUAAACAGCCCUGUCCACUAAUCAUGUCACGUCCUGACAGUGAAUCGUCGCUUAAUCAGCCCCAAUGUUCUCACACACAGACCACGCGUUCUCCAGACCACGCAGUGAGCAAGAAGGCCCCUGCUCGUGGAGCUGGCACUCUAGCUGCAGGGGGAGGACAGUGAAGAAAUAAAUAGCAAAGAAGAAAGAUUAUCAACAGUGGUGACUGUUCUGCUGAGAGUUUAGUCAAAGCAACGUGUUAGUAAGGUCCUGCAGAGGGCUUUCUGAGCAGGUGGCAUUUAAGCCUGAGUCUGAAAAAGAAAGAGCCAGCCUUGGGCGUUGAAGAUGGGGGAAGAGCUGUGCCCGGCAGAGGUGCUGGCACAGUGGGAGAAUCUUCACCUGGGCCUUGCUCGGGGAUAGGCCCGGCUUCUUUUCCCCUGGACGCGGAGUCAUCCCAGGGCUCUCCUUGUUCAUGCUGAGCAGCAGUCGACACGGAGGCCUGCAGCUGGGUCACCCCACACCUGCAUCCCACCCCAGGUGCUGAGCCUCGGGAGUCAGAAGGAGCCCAAGACUGGGGUCAGGGGUGGGUGAGCCCAAGACCCAGAUUCUAAGAUUGGCUGUGCCCCUAAGAUCAGUGCAGCCUCGGGCAUGACCUGUGCUCUCUGCCCUCAGUUUCCCUGUCUGGGAGAAGAGCGAGCCAGGCCAGGUGAUUUUUAAGAAGCGUCCACCUCCAGCUUCUUGUGGCUCUGGGUGAAGUGGACGUGGCGGCUCACACAAAAGGCAUGCCCUCUGCCAAGCGGGGGCUGGUGGCCUCGCCCCUCUCCCCUGAAAGCCCCAGCCGCAGAGGCCGGCCCAGACAGGCAGUUGCCCGAUGUGACUCCCUGGAAAUUUAUGGCCUCUUGGGCUGCUCAUCCUGGCCCCUCCACAAGGCCUUUGCAGGGAUAACAGCUGAGUGGAGGAGCCACCCCACUCCAGGGGGGUUUCCUGCAGCUGCCCCCAGAGGCCUCCUGGUGGAGUCCCCUGGGCAGCCGGGCCGGGGACCAGAACUUUCUGUUGAAAGCAGGUGGCCUCCCAUCUGCUUAGCUCAGCGAGUUCACUAAGACUCACCAGAUCUGGUGCGGGGCAGUCCAUGGAAGGACACGGGGUGCAGAGGCCCCUGGGAGCGUCCGUGGGGUGUACCAAUGAGCAGAGGGUCCCAGGGAAUAGGACACAGGGUAGUGACAGGUUCAAGUCCAGAUUUAUAGUGUUCUAGUUUUCUAAGUGACUCCCAAACUUGAUUUUUCACGCUGCCCACGUCUACUUUCCACCGUGAGCUUCUGGCCAAUUACCACAUAAUUUGUAAAUUAGAUAAUUUGCAUACAUAAAUCAAAAGGAAACAACAAAGAAGAGAAGAAAGAGGAUGACAGCAAGUCCACCAAGGAGUUUGUAUUCGAUACCUGUUUGUGCAAUUCACGCCCUGAACCUGUGAGGACUUUUCCCCGCCAGGAACUAUGUGUUAUUAAUGAGCAGUUUGAUGCUUUCCUUCCUGUCAGCGUGUGGUGCAAUUGUUGCGUGAUUUGAACCUCGAUGCAGAACCAAUAUCUGGUGACACCUGCUGGCCUCGCGGCCCCGACCCGAACCCCUGAAUUGGGCCCAGGCCCCAGACGACCGGCCACUUGAGUCCCACACGCCCGGGAACCUCCAGGUGCUGGGUGGACCUUCCAUUCUGGCCAUCACCAACAUGCAACAGGCCUUAACUGAAAACACACAUGCACACGCAUAUACAAACACGCACGAGUUUUGCAGGUAGAGCUAGUCCCUCUUGCUGUCCUGAUGCUUUAGGAGAACGGCAGGUGGGCAGUUAACAUUUCUAGCAUGGGGAUAUCUCCUGGCAAAUUCAGUUCCAGGCUGGAACCGGGGCUGGAAAGGACGUGGAUGCAUCAAGGAAAACGUGGCCUCUUUGGCCAAUAAGCCCGUGGGCAGGGGUCUGGUCACACGCAGCCCUGAGCACCUCUAAGACCCCACCCAGACCCCUGUCCUCGCCAGGCGUGGACCCGAGAUGGCUCUGUGCCUCCCGCCACCCACGCCCCCUGCCUCACCCCGCCCCUGGGUCACUUGACUGCCACGUCGUGGCUUCUGCUGGAGAGUGUGAUGGAAAAGAAGAUACUUGCCCAGACUAACACACUUUUUCUUUCCCUGGUUCUUGUUGGUUUAUUUUAAAUUAUCCCACUUGGGUGACGGCCUUGCCAACAGGAAGCUUCAAGCCACAGGCGGCUUUCAGGAGGGAAUUCCUGGCCCCGAGUGGCGUUAUCUGGGGCAUUUCUUGUCAAUGUGGAAGGACAAUGGCAUCGUGGCAGGGGGACGUGUGCAUGGGCCCCUCAUGCGGCUGCCGUUGAAAUCUGGGUUUGGGAUAGUAGACGUGGCUUCCAGGGACCUUGAUGAAGCUACUGUCCUGGUGGCCGACACCAAGCAGGGUGUCCCCGUCCCCACAGGGGCCUGGCAGGUGAGAAGGGCAGGCAGGUGCCCAGCGGGUGGCACAUCCUGGCCUCCGCUGCCCAUGCCCUCAGGAACACAUCUGUAGGCGGGGGUCCCACUCUGUGCCCCCAGGAAGCAAACACUGCUCACCCACUGUGUGCCAGCCUUCCCCCAAGACCGCACCGCCCCAUCCCUCCUUUUGGCACAAGUAUGUCACAGGAUGGUUGUGAAGUGAGCUUACCCAACUUUGGGGUCUGUGGCCUGAAAAACUCAAACACUGAAAUCAGGCAAGACAAGGUCAGGGCCAUGGGCAGUCCAUGCACACAUGCACACAUUCAUUUAUCUCCUCCACAAAUAUUUACUGAGCCCUGCCUUGCACCCAGCUAUGGUCAGGGUGGGCUCUGUACCCAGGGCCCUUCUGGAAGCAGAGUCUGCUGUAGCUGGAGAUGCCAGGGAGCAUGAUACGUUGUGGGAGAGGGUGGGAGCAGCUGGGAAUCAAGAGCUGUACCUAAAAGGAAUGGUCAGAUCCACAAAAUGAAUAAGGAAUGCACACACCUAUGCCAUCCAUGAAAGUGUCCUUGGAGGUGGCAGUGGCCACCUAGUUUCCAGUCUAAGAUGCUGGCACCCAGUUGGUGAUUGACAGAUAGAUGCUUGAUGACUGAGCUGUUUGUCCAUUAGUCACUCUGUACCUAAAACUCCUAUCUUCACAUCAAAGCCCUGACCGAGAUGCCCUUGGCAGACUGAAAUCCGGGGAGGCCACAGCUCCCAGCUACUGGGGCACCAUUCACAACGUUGUCGCAUAAAUGGUGUCGGGCUCCAAGGGGCACCAUUUGCAUAGACCAUGUUGUGAAUGGUGCCCCCUGGAGUUGUGCAAAGGCAGUAUGCCCCCUUGAACUGCCCUAAACCGACCUCCAAAGUGUGCAGUUUCUCAGUCCUGUCAGAGUGAUGGCCCCCCCACGUGCAUUGCCAGAAGCUUCAGAUUCCACUGCGGUCUGUGGGCAUCUGGGACGGCUGAGGCUGGAACCAAGCAGACAGCCCAGUGGAGCCACUUGGAUGCCUGCCUCGGUUUCCCACACAGCUACUUCUUCCACUUCUUCCUCGUAUUCUAUUCUACAACCACUGGGAUAUGUCGGGCAAAUAACCAGCCAACCAGAGUCUGGGUGAUGUGCGGUAACUAAGUGGGGACUCUGCAGGUGAGGGGCUGCAUCACCCUAACUAGGCAGGAAGCCCCUCCCCAAAGGUUGGCGUACCCUCCCCGGGGUUGGCCGCACGGUGGGGUGUGCCAGCUCCGGUGGGGGACAGCGACGUCUCCUCUCUCCCAUAAACCCUGACUUCACGUGAUCGGGCAUGGGGUUUCUCUGAGAGCCGAUGACCGGGAAAACCAAAAACCAAUACUAUUCCUAAUAAUAAUAAUAAUAAUAUUAAUAAUAUAAUGUAAUAAUAAUAAUGACGUGUUUUACACUGCUGUUGCACUGCUUUUGUCUUUAUAUACAGUAGUUUUUAUAAAGAUGUCCUUAGGUUUUAAUAAAGGAGUGUCAUGUCAACUGUUCCCUGUAUUAAAACUGGCUUUAAUGUUUCAAAAUG